UCUCUCUCUCUCUCUCUCAGGUGUUUAUGGAGGAGAUGGGGCAGAAGCAGAUGGAUAUAGAGAGACUGACCACAUCUUGUCAAAGCAGAGACAGCCCUGAGAGCCAGACAGAUAAACACGGAGGUGUGGUUACCGGGGGCAACCCUCGCCUGUCCCAGCUGCGCUCACUGUGCCAGCAGGUGUGGCAGCUCUGUCUCAACCACCAGAACAAGCUCAGCAUCGCCCUCAAGAGGCUGGAGGAGCUGGAGGAAGGGGUGGAGUUUGACUUUGAUGGCUGGCGCAGGAAGUGCAUGCAGUGGACGAGCCGCAGGAAGUGUGGUCUGAUGGACAUGUUCCAGCGCAUGGACACGGAGCAGGACGGCCGCGUCACCCGGCAACAGUUCACUGAGGUCAUCGUGGCCCUGGACUUCCCCACCAGUCAGUGGGAGAUGAUGGCGGUGAUGGACCUGUUUGAUCAGGACAGCAGUGGGAACAUUGAUUACUAUGAGUUUGCAGCUGCGCUCCACCAGAACAGAGACCCCAGCACACACACCACCGAGGCUGAGCGGAUCAAAGAGGAGGUAACCAGGCAGGUGGUGCAGUGUAAAUGCAAGAAGAGAUUCCAGGUGCAGCAGAUCGGAGAGAACAAGUACCGCCUGGGGCAGGUGGAGUGUGUCCUCAGGAUUCUCUGUAAUGUUCUGCUGGUGCAGAUGGGACAUGGCUGGAUGUCUCUCAAUGAGUUCCUCAUGAAGUAUGACCCCUGCAGAGGCUUGCUGGCUGGUCGGUCGGGGGGGGGAGAUGAGCAGAGGGAGGGCCAGUGAAGUUUGGGCCCCCUGGUGUUGGUGGCUUACCUGGGACACGCAUUCACCUGCGCUGUGACCCCUGGGCGGGGGUCAGGAUGAUGACAUCACAGGAAGAGGACUGGAGUAGGGGAGUGUGCUAGCACCUCUCCCAAUCGUGAUUGGCCUGUUCAGGCUGUACUGUGGAGUAAGAGAUCAUUUCACUGCUUUUAUAGAGUGCAAAAACGCUAAAACUAAACUGUGAAUGUGAAUGUUUUUAUUCUCCUGUUGCUUUUAUUUUAUUACGUUAACUUUAAUGAGGAUGCUAUUUAAAUCUCAGUGUCGAGUCAUAUCAUUUGGGGAAGGAGAACUGUUUAUUUACUUGGUUCAGUUUAACUUUCUUUGUAAAUGGUUUGCCCUGCUUAUUUGAAAAACUACAAAUAUGGCAGCCGACGCAGUUCGCAGGAAGCAGCGAGCGUGACCUUUGACCCCGGUUCCUCCUGUGCUCUCUUGCUUUCGCCUGUUUGAGCGGUUUGACUUGCUGUGUUAUCGGGAGCAGAUUUGUGUUUGUGUGUAAAGUGUGAGUGAAAUAUAAAGAUCAACGCUCUAUCUGUGCUUUUGUGUACUGAAAGAGAGAUGCUGCUUUUUGAAGUUAUUUGAAGACAACCUUUUUGGGAAGCACAAAUGUAGAUUAAAAUAAAGCUAAGUGACUACAGAA